AUCAGGGAAGUGAGGCUUUUUACAAUCCAAAGGGCAAAACAAUUUAAAAAAAAAUAUGAAAGCCUCUCAAGGAAAUUAGUGCCACUUCCUGGUUGGCCGGUGGUAACGCCAAGCUGGUUAAUUUAGUGUCAACUAUAGGGUUGUUGGAGUCUCGGAGAUCGCGUUACGACGAGGAGGGACACGUUCAGUAUUACGACACCCACCUGAGCUUCCUGAACCGAAGUGAGGCUCGGUCACUUAAGCUCACAGCUGCAGCGGACGGCGGGAGGUAGACGAGAGUGCAGCGAAAGGCUUUCCAACAGCCCGCCGUAGUAAACUCUUAAUAAAAACCACUCGGAUUCACUUUUGGUUGAGCUUCGCGGGCUUCCGGCGAUGUCUCUCGCCGACCCGAGCACGCAGUGGUUCCCCACGAGCGUCCAGGUAACGGUCCACCAGGCUCGGAACCUGCGUGCCAAGGGGAAACAUGGCACCAACGACGCCUACGCCAUCAUGCAGGUGGCCAAAGACAAGUUUUCCACCUCCGUGGCUGAGAAAAGUGCCGAGCCGGUGUGGAAAGAAGAGGCUUCGUUCGAUCUGCCGCUCUUCCAUCCGGGCAACGGGGACCGGUGUACGCUGUACGUCAUCGCGAUGCACCGUGCUCAGGUGGGCCUCGACAAGUUCCUGGGCCAAGCCGUGGUCAACCUGCUGGAUCUGCACGACGACAGCGCUCGCAAAAAGACUGCCUGGCACCAGCUAGUGGACAAGAGUGGAAAACAGGACAAGGAGCGAGGCGAGGUGCUGCUAGAUAUCCAAUUCAUGAGAAACAACAUGUCAGCUAGCAUGUUGGAUCUCUCCAUGCAGGACAAACCGCGCUCCCGCAUCUCCAAGCUGAAGGACAAAGUCCGUGGGAAGAAAAAGGAUGGCUUCUCUGACUCCGCCUCAGCCAUCGUUCCCUCCACCACGGUGCUCACAGACAGCGACGGCGAGGCCGACGCGCGGUCACUCAACCAGUCCGGGGGAGUGAAAAAGAAAUCCAAGCUCAAAACCCUCUUUGCUCCCAAAUCAAACUUGCAGCGUAACGUCUCGCAGUCCAUGUCCACGCUGGGGACCCUUCCAGAGAAGAAUUCGUCUCUCAGUGGCAGCCGCUCAUCGGGCCUCAACGUGGACUCCCCCGACGUUAAAAAGAAAUUCAAAUUCCUUGGACACAAGCGAACGGGCAGCUCUGACAGCAAGCAGUCCCUGGGCGCUUUCUCCCUCUUGGGUCGCUCCAAGCAGAGCAACAGUGACCAGAACAACCUGUGCGUCAACGGCAGCCACGUCUACGCCGAGGAGACGGACCCCCACGGAGGGUCUACCCUCAGUCUGAACAGCUCAGGCAAGGGAUCCGUGGACGAUGUCCGCAAGCACCUGCCGGAGGUCUCGGUGGAUCCCUUUGGGAGUGCGCCCGUUCCCUCCAACCGGCGUGGGUCUACAGAUAGGGCUGUGCUGGAGCAACAGCGUCACCAAGAGCAGCAGCAGCAGCAGCAGCGGCAGGAAGAGGAAAAAAGGCAGGCGGAAGAGGCCAAGCGCAUAGCCGAGGCCCGGAGGCUGCAGGAAGAAGAGGAGCGCAGACAACAAGGGGAACAGGAGAAGAAGAGACGCCUCCUUGAAGAUGAGUUGAAGAAAAAGAAACAGAGGGAGGAGGAGGAGGAGGCGGCAGCAGCAGAGCGUCGGAGGCUCGAGGAGGUGAAACGACAACAACAGGAGGAGGCCUCCAUGAGCGACAGGCUGUCGUCUCUGUUUGGAAUAAUCCGAAAAAAGGAGGAGAAAAAAGAGGAGCCGCCCACUGCAACUCCCAACAUCAACCCAGGAGAUCCUGAUAAACCGGUCAGCACUCCGUUUGAGGACAUUGAUAUUGGCAUUGACAAUGGAAAACCAGCCGAUCAUCAGAAAUCCAGCGGCAACCCACAAACCCCCUCGGCCUCGCUCUUCCUCAACCGCACUGCCAAAGUGUCUGCAGUCAAACCCAGAUAUACUCCAUCUCUGGAGUCCGAACCUGCUGACUGCCAGACCCCCAGUCAGCUGUGUCCUUCCCCAGCCGUCUCUGAAUCCACCCCCUCUAGCGUCCCGUCUCCCUCCUCCGACACUUUCUCCACUCUCCACUCAUUCUUGGCUCCGAAAAACAUAAAUCAAAGCCCGUCCGGUUCUUCUCUCGGCAGCGUAGAGGAUUUAUCUACAGGAUCCGAACAAUCUUCACCGAUGGCGGAUAAGAAAAGAACAGCCCCUGUGCCACACUCAUACAGAGCACAUGCGGGCCAAAAUGGCAGAAAAACUGCUUCAGUUGGAGAGAUCGUGAACCCUUCUUAUGUAGAGAGAGACGAACCAGACAAGACUGCGUCUCCACCACUUCCUGAUUAUGACACCCUAUUUCCUCAAAAGAGACACGGGGUGCAAGGGCACACCAGAUGGGACCAUAUAAUCGCUGAAGUCAAUCAGAAACACAGGGUCUUUUCGGAGAUGAGCGUGGACGGCCCAGAGGAGGAUGAACCCAGUGUUACCGUUCCACACCCACAGGAGAGUCCUGCUGUGAGGCUUUAUCAGACACACUCUCAGCCGACCAAACCCGGAUCAUCCAGAAAAGUCACAGCCCCAACUCCCCCUAAAGUAGUCGCGACCCCGGACCCUCGAUCGGUGGCAGAUUCCAUUCAAACACACGGCCAGAAUGCUCCCGAGCAAUGGAGGUCCAACCUGCCAGCAGCCUCGGCACCCGUGAGCACGAGCAGAGAAAGUCUCCCGCCGAUAUCCAGGGAUGCAACGAAGAGGGCGCUGCUUCCGUCCGUCGGAGACAUGCGUUCACCCAGAUCAGCGAGCCAAAUGGAAACGGCGACCCCUCAUGAUGAAAGAGAAGUCAAGGUCAGCGUGGACAAAGAGGCUCCCACGGCCAAACCCCGGCAGAGGGCUAGUGGCAAAGAGGCAGUGCAGCAAGAAGACUCUGCCGUGACGCCAGCCGUCUCGGACAAAUAUAUCGACAAUGGUUCGGGUACGAGGGGCGGGGCGGAGUUUGACCCGUUCCCCAGUACUGAGCUUCUCUCCAAAGACCCAUGGGCCCAGCCGAAGACCAACCAAGAGGCAGAUCCAUUUUCUAGGGUACAAAAAGAGCAGAGAGUAGGAGAUUGGCUAAUGAAUCCAGACAGCCAUGAUGACCUUUUUAGUCACGAGAAACAGGCCGAUGCAUUUGCUGAUUCAGAUCAGGUCAGUCCAGUUUUCCAAAGAAGGAAUUCACAGAGACCGAGUCUUCCUUUCACAACUCAUUCUGAUGGUAAGACUUCCACGUCUCUGAAAGAGCCCGAAUACAAGGAGGAAACGACCUUAGCAACACCGACUACUGAAGUCCUCUCUGCGAGAGGCGCCAGGAACAGGGCCAUCGCAGCGACGCCCUCGGCUGACGUGAGAACACAAAGUGACCUUAAUGGAAGCAAAGAUCCAUUUGGAGCUGAGCCCUUUAUUUCUACGCCGACCUCCUCGGAACCCCUCCAUGUGGUCAUGGAGGAGGUGGAGCCAGCAUCUCCUUCAGAAGGGUUGUCCGCGGGAAAGGCGCCUUUGCGGGCAUGGGUCUCGCCCUCGGAUGUUCAGCCCGUCAGUGCUCAGAGUAGCAAUGGAGGCGGGCUAGCCUUAACUCAACGCAGGCCUCAUCCUGUGAAGCCCAUGAGCUCAGAGAGCCAGCAUCCAAUCAGCACCACCGCUGCGAAAGAGACAAAGGUCCGUGAGAGCACGCCACGGAAGGUUCAGGUGGCGAACUCGGUGGACAGCGGCCCCUUCACCCAGCUGACGCAGGAGGAGCUGAUCACUCUGGUGGUGAGGCAGCAAGCCGACCUGUCCAAGAAGGACUCCAAGAUUGUUGAGCUGGAGGAGUACAUCGACAACCUGCUGGUACGCGUCAUAGACGAGCAGCCCGCCAUCCUGCAGUCUCUCAACUCUGGCAAACCGGCGUGAGGUAACGCCCGCCGGCGCAGUUGUGCUUGUUGUGCGUUUUUUACUGUUGUCACUGUGCUGAGGGACGCAAUUUCAACAAGGGCCUUGGAGCAUGUGCACUUUCUUAGUUUCAGGGGGGAAUUUGUUUGAGAAUGUGGAAAUUUGUAAUAAUAUUUAGUAACUAUCCAACUUUUUCAGUACCGAUAGCUGUGCUUUGGGUAUUGGCUGAAUGGCGAAUGUUAAAUUAAUCAGCUGCCUCACUGUGACGAGGUGACGGAGGUUAUUCUUUUAUGUGUGAGGCAACACUGGGCUUGACUUAAACAGCUUUCCUGAAUACAUUCAUAUACUUGUACUGAAUUGCUAUUUAUUAAACUCAUGGUACCCAAUAUCAGGCCUGUUGUCACAGAUCCAGCUAUUUGAGUCCGUAUUGGACCGAUAUCUGAUAUCGGUAUCAGUGCCUCUUUAAUAACAAGCAAGUAAAACAUCUUUGUAUAUACAAACAAAUGUAUUUGUUUUGACACUAUAGUACUGGAAUUCGUUUUAAAAAGAAUUGUCACAUGAAAAUCUAUUCAGCAUUUAUAGUAUACCAUACUUGAUGAAAUUUGGGUGUGGCUUUAGUCAAAAAAUUUGAGACUUGUUAAACAGGGCUUGGAGUAAUUUAUUUAAGAGCAAUGAAUAAUGAUGUACAUAGCCUUAAACAAGCAUCCAAAAAUUAAGAUUAAGCUUGUUUUAUAAUAAGGGCACAUUGACUUUUACCACUGAAAUCUUAUUUCUUUUUGUUUUUGUUGAACCUUUUGAUUGGAAAGUUUUUUUUUUUUUUAACCAUUGAUUUAAAAACAUUCCUACAUCUUUUAACUCGCCACAAUUGAAUGUCAGACGGUCGUCCAGUCCGUGAAAACAUAUUGGGCCUAUUUUUCUUCAAAGUGGUGUUCUUUAGAAAACCAGCAAUAAGAAAAUGAGCAAGCAGCUGCUAUGUAUCGUCCAUAGAUGAGAUGCGCAACAGCAGGUAUAGCGUUUCUUUUUUCUCUUAUGUGAUUUGAUAUGAAGCCUAUGCACAUUGUUUAAAAUAUUAUGCAAGUAAUAGUGCAGAAUCAAACUAUUCUAAUAAUAACGGGAGAUUUUGAUCACUGUGUGUCUUUCUUAAGGGAAAACCAAGAUAAGUAUAACCAACUAGCCUUGUCUUUGUAUUUGAACUACACUAAUACAUAAACAUCUAUGCCACUUGGCAGCAUUUCUAGCAAUAUUAAUCUUGAAUGUAGACCCGUGCCUUCAAAACGUUGUGAUGAGUUGUGUGUCUGAUUAGAUGGAUGGUACGUUGUUGGCUACGUCUCUUGUACCGGAGUGAGAGCUCAAGGAAUGAUGCAAUACUACGUGAUAAUACUACAGUUCUGAAUGAAGUGACUCUGUGCAAAAAUGUAUUUUAUUUUAAAUAAAGACACUAAUUAUUCCACCAUG